CUAUUGACGUGAUCAGUUCAUUGAAAUGAUACUGUUUUCGUAAAGAUGUUACUUUUUCAUUAAUCAUCAAUUUUCAUUCUUAAUGUAAAUAUGAUAUAAAUAUUUCGCUUGAGCUUAUUAUACAGAUCACAUGCGGAUUAAUCUCGAUUACACGAUUGUCUCGCAAAUGUUAUAUCAUUUUAUGCAUAGUACUUAUUAAAUAACUGUGAUAAUUUACAAUUAGUCAUAAUAUGCGUCAUUUCUGUGCUACGUUUUCUAUUGCCCAACAAUUUCUUUCGAAAAUUUUCGAAAGUGAAAUUAUGGCAACAGUGCAAGAAAACUCAUAUUAAUUCAUAUUAAUAAUGGUAGCUACCGGAAUCACAGUUUUGAUGGCAGCUAGUGAGGAGUCAAGUAAAACGAAGGAUACUACAACACAUUUGGUAAACCAAAACACUUGUUUGCAAGACAGUGAUUUACAGCAUUAUGGUCAAAAGAACAUUGAAUCAUUAAUUAAAGAAGAUAUAACUACUUGUUCUUCAAAUAUUAUAGAAAAGAAGCAAUGUAAUCUUACAGCAGAGAAGAAUAAUAAAAUAAUAUCUAAAAUAAAGCCCAAGGAGAGUAUUAAAAAUUUUGCAAUCUGUAAAACUCAGAUUCGUGAGAACAGGACCUCUAGAUUACGAGCGGCUUCUAUAUCGAAUGAAAUAAAUGUAACGUUAUCUAAUAAACGUGGAUCAGAAGCUCCUUUUUCUCAGAGGUACAAUUCAUCACCUAAGCAAAAAAAUUCGACAUCUUUAGAGGGUGGUGUAACCAUGAAUCCUAUCAAGGAAAGAGAUAAGAGUUACAAACGUAGAUCCUACUUAAAUAAGUCGCGUCAUGUAGAAGCAGUGUCUACUGAUCAUUCAAGUGAUGCUGAUUCUAAUGAAAGACGCUUCAGAAGGCACUCUAACAAACAAAGUCAAAUGUCUGAAAUAUCAAGUUCUAUUGGCUCUUGUAGCAAUCAUCAAGCGUCAAUGGCAAGUUCACACAGAAAACAUAUCGAUUCGAAAGUAAUUGAAGCUCAAUGUAACAAUAUCAAGAAUCUCUCUAAAACUUGCUCGUCAUCUUCUGUUGCAUCUAUCAACAGCACGAAGCGUUCCCUUAUACAAAAGCCUAAUAGUGACGAUUCGGAGGUUUCACGCAGAGUGGAUGUGUUAACGGCGCUAACGCGAGCUACUAUGGAACGUGUGGAAAGACUCACAUCUACAACUACAAACUGCGCGAAUCAUUCGACCGAGAAAGAGUCAAUGUCGCCAAAAAGGUAUAACGUAUCGAAACAAGCCCCAAUUUCAAUUCUUAAACAUAAAACAGUCGAUGGUGAAGGAAGCGAACGACAAACUUUGUCUGGCAGUUCUUCUCAUGUACCAUCACCAGUAACUUUCUCGUCAUCUGUCAUGGAACCUGUUUCUCAUAAGAGACAUGGUAUCUUGAAGAAACGGAGCAGUUUAGAUGAAAGUGAGAUAUUACGUCGUCGUAGCUGCUCUCCCGAUGUUUUUUUUGCUGAUAACAUUUAUUCGGAGUUUCGGCCAAUCUUAAAAAAUCAAAGGCGAUCAUCAUUAGAUGAAAUCGUCAAGAGAGAUCAGAGUCCUGAUCAACAACCCACUUCCAUAUUGAAACGGAAAUCAUCUAGAGAAGACGACAGGGAAGUUCAUCAAUUGUCAUUAGGAUUUUCAGAACCGCAGAGUAUUCUAAAACGAAAACUCGCAAACAAUGUGCGCGCCAAUAAUAUCAAUCAUCAUGUGACCAUCGUGUCGGACGUUGUGAAUACGAAUGCGAGUGGAAGUCAAAUCAUUAACACCGCGAGCUUAGUUUCCGAUGGUCUUGAUGGAUCUGAAGUGAGACCGAUAUUAAAGAAAAAAUAUGGCAAGGAGGAAUUUGCUGCAGGUGACGUUUCAUAUCUCGAGCCUCGACCUAUAUUAAAGAAGAAAUUGAGUACAGAGUCAGAUGAACAUGAGCAUGAUAGACCAAAGAAGACAAUCUUAAAGUCCUCACGAAAAAAUUCAUACGAAGAAGGUGGUUACGAGACGGAGUCGACUUCACCAAGAAAAUUGUCUGCAUUGAAGAAUCGAGCAAUUGAAAUCGAAAACGUGCGAUCUAUAUUGAAGCAGUCGAGCGGUAGUCGUUAUCACGAUGAUACGCGCGACUUAACGGCGAAUUUAUUUUUGCGAAAGAGAGCGCAAUCCGUAGGUCACACGCGAUCCAUUAACGGCAACGAUUGUGUCGAGUCCAUUCGCAUUUUGACCAAACGAAGGUCUCUCGAAUCAAGUUCAUCAAUCGAUGCGUUGUAUACAUCAACAAGUUGUAGUUUCACAACCGACCGAUCCAAUAUAUGUGACAUCUCCUAUGCAGAAAAUAGUUCUGCAAUUGAAGAUAGUAGUAAACUGUCGUGUGAAAAAUUCUGUCAAAUCAAACAAAAUAUAAAUAGCAUGGAGGAAAAGAAUAAGACGGAUUCGCAUGUAUAUUUCGUGAAGCUUGAUGCCGACACGGACAAUCAUCGCAAUGCGAUAGAGAAUCUUACUCAGACGAUUGACAAAAAAGAGAUUUUGAAAGACAAGGACGAUCAGCACGAUAUACAAGAAAAUUCUGCCACUAUUCAUCAUAACAAUAGCGUGUCAAAAAUGACACAACACUUUAAGGCUCUGCAAGAAAAGAUGACAGCUGCAACGGAAAAUGAUUCUCAACGUAUAACUCUGCAGAAAUCAUCACGCGGCGUUGAACGUUAUCGCGAGCGCAAAAAGACACAGGGGAGCGAGAGAUUCAAUACACAACCGGUAACUUCCCAAGAAGUGCGUGAAGCAGUUCUACAGAAUCAUCGCAACACCGCAUUAAAUAUUUCGGGAAUGCUUAUUGACGAAUGUGAGCCGUCCAAACUCAGCAUAGCCGAACGAGUGCGACUUUUUGAUAAAAAGAUCGCGACAACGGAUACUGCCGCAUACCAAGAAAGAUUAAUUCAAAAGAAACGAUUAUCUGCACGUUACAAAACACAGCCUAUAACUUCCGAGGAAGUUGAAGUGGCAUCUCGAAUAUCCUCACUAAAUGUAAAUCACCAAAUUCAAACCUUGAUCACAGAGCAUUCCAAACCACUUCAUACACCGCUUGCAAGCACGUCGUUGCAGCAUGAUUCACCAAAAGGUAUUCUAAAAUCAUCCGUUGGUCAUAUGAAAAAUCUAUGUACUAAAACCCCAGAACUACAAACUGCGAAAUUGAUAAAACCUAUGCUUAAGAGAGAAUCUGAGGAAUUGGAACAACCAACUACCUUACCGAAUUCCGAAGUGUAUCUUCGUUCUAUUCUAAAAAGUAAUCUUAACUUGAGGUCCAUUCAGACUAUGAAUGAUGCAGCAACCUCGAGAAGCGAGGGAGGCUCAAGUGGUAUUGAGAGCCAAAAUCAAAACAGUGAAAUUGCUAAAUUUUGCGAAAGAUUAGAUAGUUCCGAUAUAACGACUAAUAUGACGCAAAACAGUUUGCAAUGUGUUUGCGACAAUUUGCGAACAUCUCUUUCUAAGGAAAGUGAUAACAUAGAAAACAGAGCUUCAGUGCCUUCUCAAAAAACUGCGAUGUUUCGGAAUGAGAAAUUAUCGAAUGAUAUAAACUGCAAAAUUGAUACUAUUCCGAGCAACAGUGUAUCAAAAAGAUGCAAUGAUAAAUGGCAUAGCAAUUUAUUGACAGUCAAAUCAAAUAAGAUAUCGAAUGUUCACAACGACAAUGACAAUUAUAAAGACGACACCAAUGAUAAUGAGAACAACGAAAAAGAUACUGAUGUCAGGAAACAGGAAAGAAUGAUGGCGAAACAGAACAACGACGACAAUCACGCGUUGUCAUCUUCCAAUGAUUACGAGGUACAUAUUACUGAAAAUAAAAAAUAUACUAAUAUCACACAAUGUUCUAAUUUAUUGGCCAAGAAUAUCAAUCAACAUUUGCGCGGCGAUGAGAGGCGAAGGCCACGACAACGCUUGGAACGACAGUGUCGUAAUGCGACUCAGGUAAUAGCAUCGAUAGAAACGAGCGAGACGCCGAGUGUAAGUAUUGCCGACCGACUGGCUGCGCUACGUCAUAAUGGUAGUACGAGCUGGAGACAACGCGUGGCUGAUGGAAAAAUUAAUGAUUCAUUUGACAAUCCACUAUUGAGUACGGAGGAGAACACGACGAUCAAAUCAGGUGUAUUGGCUGACUGCAUCGAAAAGUUAGAGUCUUCUAAAGAAAGUUGGAAGAGUAGAAUUGUGACACAAGACGCAAUUAACUUCACUGUCGCUGGCAAAAUGAAAGUAGUCGGAUCGAAAGACGGAAGUUCAUCAUUUCUCACGGAAACUACAGCGAAUAUUUCAAAUCAAAAGAAGAAAGCACUACGUCCACAGCGAUUCAAAACGAGAAAGGAUGCAGUAUCGACUCCUACAAGUCCAUGUAAAGAUUUAUCUUCUAUUAUGCGUACGAGUUUCUCUGAACCUGCUAGCGACGACAGCGGUGAAGAGUGUAAAGCGGAGCAUAUCUUGUUGCCAACUGUUUCGGUACUUAAAACGGAUGACGAAACGUUUACCUCUUUCUUUAGCAAUGUAUCCUUGGAAAAAUGCGAGAACGAAUGUCUUGAUUUAGAUGAAACUGACUUCGAUAUAAUUGCACCACAAUCCAAAUUAUUAGUGCAAAAACGGAACAUACGAACGCAACGUCGACGAGCCACUUCGAGAAAUCCUCUUAAAGUUCUCGCAGCACGCACCGAUUUAAGAUCAGAAUAUACCGAAAUUCGCACAGAUAUAGUGGCAAGGACGAUCAAAAACUUUAACAUAGAAAAACUCGCUAAGAAUUCGUCUUUCUCUAUUGAGGCUCUCGCUGGUUUAGCAUCUACAGAAGAUUUUAGUUCAGUUACUCUGAAAAAUGUAUCGGAAACAAACGUAUCCGCGAAUAAAUUGCAACCAUAUAAAGAUAUAAUGUUGAUAUUAGUUAAAGGAAGACGUCAUGUUCAAGUUAGGCUGGUUGAGCCUGUCGCUGAGAGUAUUAAUAGCGGUGAUAAUUAUGUAUUAGUAACAAAAUCGGAGAUUUUCAACUACAUAGGGAGAUACAGCAAUGUCAUUGAAAAAUCCCGUGCCGCUGAAAUCGCAUUGAGUAUUCAACAACGAAAGGAUCUAGGUUGUCAAGCGACUAAAGUUAUUUCUAUAAACGAAGACAAAUUGAAUUGCAUGAGAGAUGAAGUCCAACAAUUCUGGAAGUAUCUUGGUGUACUCAAUAGCGAAAGAAUCAAUGUUGUCGAGGCUGGCCAUCCUGACGAAGAUGAACUCUAUGAAUCCGCUAUUAUCGAUACAAAUAUGGUAUAUGUAUUGAAAAAUGAACAGUUAGUGCCACAUGAAAAGUUUUGGGGUACAUUACCUAAGAUUGAAAUGCUCGAUAUCAACAAGAUCCUGGUAUUUGACUUCGGUACCGAAAUGUAUAUUUGGAGCGGUAAAGGAGUUACGUCGGACAAGAAGAAGCUCGCUACGCGACUCGCCACGGAGAUGUGGAAUGACGGAUAUGAUUACAGCGAAUGUACAGCUUGUCCAAUUAAUGCGGCCCGUAUAAUCGGUAAUCGGAAAAAUACGAGUUCAUCCGUAAAAUCCGCCAAGAGUAGACCCGAGUGGUGUUUACUCGCUAAAUUGACGCAACAUGUCGAGACUAUACUCUUCCGGGAGAAGUUUCUCGAUUGGCCUAAUGUCACCAAUGUGAUAAAAGCGCGAGGUCGAAAGGACAAUGCACGACAAAUCGAUGAUGUUAUAAGUAUACAUUUGGAUGAUAACGACAAUAUGUGGUUACCGAACACCACUUCAGUUGAUUUUAUCUUAGAAGGAUGUCACUUAGGUAGAGGAAUUGGUUGCUACGAUAAUGAGUUGAAGAAAGAAUAUAUCGUCGCUACGACAAGCGUGAUGGUAUGGCACAUCGACGAAUUCUCGCAUGCACUUUUAGAUGAAUCCUCUAUUGGGCAAUUCUAUUCUGGUGAUAGUUAUAUUGUUCAAUGGAUGUAUUCUGUCACGGUUACUGGUAGAGAACUUACUGGUCUACCAUCUAAACACUUGGCAAAAGGUCGGGAUAGAUCCGUAUAUUUUAUUUGGCAGGGCAGAAAUGCAUCUUUGAACGAACGAGGUGCUGCGGCAUUGUUAACAGUUGAAUUAGGCAAUGAUCGAGGCCCUCAAAUUCGUGUUGUCCAAGGGCAUGAGCCGGCUGCAUUCUUAAAUUUAUUCUCCGGAAAAAUGGUGGUGCACAAUGGCAAGAAAUCUGAGAAAAAACGUAAGACACAAUGGAGAUUGUACAUUUGUCGAGGUAUUUUAGAUUCUGAGACAUUUUUGACCGAAGUCUCUUGUAGCACUCGACAAUUAAGAAGUAGAGGUUCCUUUGUAUUGCUAGACACUGAAAAUGCAAAAAUGUAUAUCUGGCAUGGAAAUAACUCAUUACACCAUGUUCGAGAGAAUGCGAUAAAAGCAGCAAAUCAAUUAAAAAAAAAUCGACCAGAAGAAGUCGGAUUAUCGAACAAGGAUGAUAUACAAAUAUAUGAAAUUCAAGAAGGUUUGGAACCCGAAGAAUUUAAUAACGCAUUGGGUAGUAUGAAUAAAAAGUUAUAUUGGUCAUUGGAAACAUCUGAAAUACAAGAUCACACUCCAAGACUUUAUCAUCUAUCGAGUAUCUCUAAAACGUUUCGCGCAACAGAAAUAUUAUGUCCACAUCGCGCAGAUUUCACAACACCAUUUCCCUUUUCACAGGAUGACUUAUAUCAAGCAAAUCAACCAGCCUUAUUUUUAUUGGAUGAUAAAAACGUGAUUUGGAUUUGGCAAGGAUGGUGGCCUGAUAAUGAAAUGGAAGAUCAGUCUGGUAGUAAAACUGUCCGUUGGCAGACUGAGAGAAGAGCAGCGAUGACGAUAGCGAUACGAUAUUGGCGAAAGACUCGAAACACGCAAACAACGAAUCUUCCAAUAUACUUAGUAUGGGCUGGUUUAGAACCCUUGCAAUUUAUAAAUCUCUUUCCUGAAUGGAUAUAUCGAGAUGAUGUCGCUGAAUUAAAUAUAGAAGAUGGCCGGAAUCCAGGGGAAAUAUUAACUGCAGAAAAUGAAUUGGCUCGCUUAACACAAAGCAUAUAUCCUCCUGCGCAGUUAUUGCAAAGACCUUUACCUGACGGAGUCGAUCCCACGCGCUUAGAAUUAUAUUUAUCUCAACAACACUUUCAAGAGCUAUUGAAGAUGAGUAAGGAAGAAUUUCAACAGCUUCCAAACUGGAAACAAGUAAAUAUUAAAAAAGAAAUAGGAUUAUUCUGAUGGAUUGUUUUCACUGUCUAUACUGCGAGCAGUAGCUGUUCUCGCAACAUGCAGUUUUCAUUGUUGUUUUUGAUAUUUAUAACUUGAAAAUUGUAAAAAACUAUUCCUAAAUAUGUUUUUGUUAAAACUUGCAAUAUAUAAAACGAAACAUUUCGAUCGAGUAAGUUAACGACGAUAAAUCUAGUGUAAUAAUUAACCGAAGACUAAAAAUCAAUACGAAUCGAAAACAUUGUCAGUGCUAUUUGAAUUAUGACGUAUAUAUAUAUAUAUAUAUGUGUGUGUGUGUAUG